CAAAUAAUACAAAUAAAUUUGCGAACGCGCGCGUUGUUAUCGCGCGCAGUCCCAAUACAAACCUAAAUAUUUUGUUUAAUGGUUUUACUGAGCAACAGUAGUGCACGAAUAUAUUACAUAUAAUAAUACAAUUGAGGAAAUCGAAUACAAAUUGUAAAAAACGAAUUGCGCCACAUUAUCAAUUAACUAACAAAAUACAUGGAAGCCGGCAAUCCAUUCCAAAUGGACCCUGUGACAAAACUAAAGGAACUACGAGAUGCUGUAGGGAGAGGGGAGAUAGACGAGGUCAAGAACAUAGUUAAAUGGUUCGAACAAGACGUGGAUCGCAUCAGAACGCUAUCUAAAGCGUACGCGGAAGCCAGGGCAUGUCCUACACAGGACGACCUUGUCAUUGCCGCGUGUUCCCACAACCAGAAGCAUGUUCUCGACUACUUGCUGAGUCAAACUGAUAUUUUGUACUAUCUCACUGACAGUACACAAAACAUUACAGAAGUGAUUGAGAAGAGAACAGAAGCGGUCAGACAUGCGCUGCGGCUGGAAGAUUUCGAAAUGGUGGUGAAGUUGUACGACUACUGGAUCGGCGACUUGUAUUGGAAAGGACACCAAAAGGAUAACUUUGAGAUGCUUAGGAAAAUACUCAACGGCGCUAAUUCACCCAAAAAUCUUUUUGGCUGGGUUUGCAGCAUUUUUAAGAAAAUUUUAAUCCUUUGUCAUUUUCUGACAAUAAAUCAACAGCUAAUUAUAAAUUUCCAAUCUCUCAUCAAAGUGAAUGACUUUCAGCAAGAACUGUACAACACCCUGCCAAAACCAUUGUCACAUUAUGCUGCCGCAGAUGACACUGCUGCAGAAGGCACUACCGUAAAAGAAACUGCUAGAGUGAUACUGAAUCUGUUGAGUAUAUAUGACAAGUAUUCAGAUGUAGAUAGCGUAAGAAUACGAAAUAUUAGAAGCAAAAUCGAAAAUCAACUCAAAUCGUACUUUGAAGAUAAGGACAGCAUAUAUUUCAGAGCGUUAGCGGAUAUUAAAUACGAAUUCUAUUUUCGCAAAGUGGAUUUCAAUAUGGCGUUACUUUUAUUGGAAAAGUUAUACAUUAUAAGAAAUUAUUUAAAAAAACAUUUCAACACAAACCAGUUGGAAACCGCAUCGAAUACUUACAGAGAAAUAGAAUGUGCUAUCUAUCAUCUAAUCUACCGGACGAGCGAAGACUGGAGAUUGUAUCUACCUGCAGAUAGACAGUUAACAGAAGAAACUCAUUAUCGGGGUAUCUACAAUGGAGUAAUAGGAAGGCUUAAGACAACAUAUGAUAUACAUAAGUUGUAUAACGGUCCUGUGCUAUACUUCGAACGAGAACAUUACAAAACCUGUCUUCGAAAUUUAAAAGAUAUACUUAACGAAUAUUUUAUCAAACCAGAUCCAGCCAAUGAUGGUGUACAAAACAAUACAAACAAAGAAAAAUUGUUAGAUGAGAAUUACCCAAACCCAACGAAGGAAGUAAUUGGUGUACAAAACAAGACACCAAAACAAAAAUUGUUGGAUGAGAAUUACCUAAAACCAAUGAUGGAGGUAAGUGAUCAUUACUCAUUAAAUAAAAUUAUUACAUACAUCGAAGCUCUGGAACAGACUACUGAUGCAAAUAUUGGUAUUAUUAUGAUUCAAAGAGUUCUUCAGGUUAUCGGAGAAAUGUUAAAAAAUACUGGAGAGUCAUCACAUAUAUCUGAUUUUACAAAAGCUUUGUCACAGUUAGCAAUAUCCGCGGACAGCAUCAAACAUCUACAAGGCAUUAGAGACUUCUUGUCACAUGCUGACAAAGGACAACUGAGCAUUAGGAUUGACAUCGAGGACAACCAAGCCGAUAUGUUACUAAAUGUUAAAGAAGAAUUAGUAGAAAUCAAAGAACAAAUUGUUCCUAUUCGUGAUUUGUGUAAAUUGGUAUUAGAUAACUCGUUACUACAAAAAGGUUUAGAUCUACUUCAAGAAAGAAUCGAAAAGUUACCUGACGAUGCUAAACAACGCGUUAAAGAAAUAGAAUCUGGUGUUAAGGAACAUGGAGUCGACUUUGUUUCAGCGUCUGGUGAAUAUUAUAGAAAAGUUUGGAAACCAGCUAAAUUGUCACAUCAAUUGCUAAAAGAAAUUCCAUUGCUGUUAGAAAACCGAGAUAAAAUUUCAUCAAAAAAGGAAGAAAUUAACAAAGAAAUGAAUAACAAAAUCGCGACAAUAUUACCAAAGUAUAUUGAGAGGUGUCGUACUGUUAUUCUGGUACGUAUAUGCGAGAACAAUGAUCUUGUAGAUGAUUUCAAUCAGAAGUUACGCGUUUUAGAAGAAGAACCUCGUAAUUAUAAAAAAGGUACUAUUAAAAAACUAGAAUAUAUUCCGAACAACAUCGAUAUAAUCAAAAGACGGAAUAAAUUAGAAAAAAUGAUAAAACUAAAUAGAGUAAAUCAAGAAAAUAUAAAGAAGAUGAAGGAAAUUAUUGAUCGUAUAGAAGAUCUUUCACAACACUGGACAUUAGUAAAAACAAUGAUGAUAGACUGCGCCAAAAACUUUAGUAUUUUUGCUUCAGUCAGAAUUGAAAAUGCGGAUAAGUUAGAAAUUGAAAACUCAAAAUCUAUAUUACAGGAAAUUAAUAGAUUGUGUGCAGAGCAUAAUUCCUCAACAAAUAAUAUUACGGAAGCUUGUUGGGGUGAUCAGGUAUCAUUUACAGCAAUAGAAAACUUACAUAAAAAUACUGUUGACAAAGUAACUCAAGCAAGAACAAAAAGUGACGGCAAUGGACUAAAGGAAUUAAAGACGUGUUUAAUCAAUCGCAUCAAACGACUGAGGGCCACUCUAAGGUAUCCAGAACAAAUACCUUUACGAGAACUUGUUCAGCUAUACAAGCUGGAUCCAAAGUUUCGUUUUGUGUUAGAAAUGUUACUGGGUGACAUAGAGAACAUUAUAAAAUUAAUAAAAAACAAGCCUAUCUCGAAGAAGGAGGGCAAGUUACUGGAAGGUAUUGUGCUGCGUAACGUGCUGUAUCACGGCAAUCCAUUCUUAGAGGUGAUUGGAGACUUAAUCGACUCUCAAGAGCUGCCACUGGAGCUCUUGUCAAAAGCGAUAAGUUAUGCUGACGAUCUUGAUACUAUUGACAAUAAUAAUAAUGCAACAGUUAUGUCAUCGGCGAGGCGCGCGGAUGGAGAUCUUUAGUUUUUAGGCUAGUUUUAGGUACUCAAAUAUAUAAUAAAUAUCUCACCGGUGCUGUUAUGUUCAUUUAAGCUAGUUUUUAAGAUUGUUUUGUAUUAGAAUAAGUCAGUUUCAAAUCGCACUCUGUAGGCUAAGGAUGUUAUUAAGAGUAAUAAAAUUCCAUUAGUUUCUC